AUGUCGAAAAAAGGGGAAUAUCGCAGAAGCUCAAUUCAGUACCCUCUUUUGUUUCUCGAUGAAAUGGCGGAUCACAAAACGCAAGACCACCCGAAAGAAACGAUUGGCGUCUCGCUCGUUGAUGCCAUCCUGUGGGCGUGGAGGAUAACCAGGUGUCGGGGUGGCUCCGCCGCGGAAACGCUCCCACACCGCCUACAUGGCCUCAAGCGGCGGCUGCUCCGGCUCGUCCACCCGCAGCCACCGCAGAAAGCGGAAGAUCGCCUUGUCGCUGCGCUGGUUCUCUGUGAUCUUGUGCACGCAGCCUCCUGCCAGGUCGUGCAGCAGCAAGUCCUUCAGCGAGCGCAGCACCGGUGCGCCCCCGAAGGCGUCCUGCACGCGAGCAGCUGCCAGAGGUCGCCCAGCAGCAGGAAGCGCGCCCGACGGUUCGUGGAGAGCUCCGCGAUGUCGGCCCACAGCCCCACGUCGAGCCGCGUAACCUCCUCAACCACGAGCACGCUUGCGUCAGCGCCACCAGGUAGCGGGAGGCACCUCCAGCUGGCUGUGCAACAGCAGCAGUUUAUGCAAAACAGUGACAUCAUCUAUGCAACAAUGGAUGAUGCAACAACAGCAGAAAUGGGAUGUUUAGGUGCUUCGCCGGUGGGUACUCCUUCGCAAGGGGCCCAGGUGUUUCGGGUUGCAACCCGAGUCCAAGCCUCACCUAUGCAAAAGGAUGUCGAAAGGGAUGUCUUUGCUCGGCAGACAAAUGGUUGCCGAGUGCCAACUAUUGACUUUUCGUCAUGGAAGGAUCGAAUUUCUGAAGCUCUGGGCUUCUUGACAUGGAUGGAGAAGUUGACAAGUUGGGUUGGAUUGGGUUCAGAAGUGUUCCCGAAUGAGUUGAUGCAUGCGGUGAAGACCCAUGAUGAGACAAGACUUCAGCAGGAUCAGCUUACUGUUGAGCAACAGAAGCGGUCGACUCAACGUUGGAAGGGAUUCAAGUGGAAGUUUGAUGGGAUUCAGUGA